UCUAGCUGCAAACAAAGUGUCACUCAUGGACCAAAAGCUUAUUCAAAAGAUGAAAGCGAUCUGUGAGGUGGCUUCAGAGUAUAAUUUGCCUCAAGUUAUCAUCAUGACAAAAGUGGAUGAAACCUGCCCUCUGGUUAAAGAUGACCUAAGAAAGGUCUACACCAGCAAGAAGAUCAAAGAAAAGAUGCAGGAGUGUAGUAAUCUGCUGGGUAUUCCACUGAGCAACAUCUUCCCUGUGAAGAACUACCACGAGGAGGUGGAUACGAACGAUGACAUGGAUGUUCUGAUCCUCAAGGCGCUCGAUCAGAUCGUGAAUCUCGCCAACGAUGCUCUGGAAAACCAAAACCCUAGUGAGAACUCUGAGUGAAGGCUUUUUUUUUGUUCUUUUCCACCCCUACACCAGUGCAGAGUAUUUAGGACAGUGAAAAAACAUGAAAUUGUGUCUAAAGUACAUUAUUAAAGUAAAGCUAA